AUGGAGGAUGCUGGACCUCAGAAUACAAUGAGUUUACAGAUGCAGCAUGGCCAACAUGGUGGUGUCAUGUGGCUGCAGAUCAUUCUUUUACAGAGUCAUGGCUACACGGUGCUCAGUGGUUACAUUCGGACGUUUCAAGGUGGAAUGUUAUUCGAUUUGAAAGGGAAGUCAGUUGGCAAUCCUUUUGCUGAUAAGGAUGACUCACCCAUUGUACUUCGGUCCUUAACGGCACAAAACUUUUUAAUAUCUGUAUUGCAUGGUAAAAAAACUGCAAAUGUUAGAGGUAUAACCGAAGUUCAGGAGCUUCUUGCGGCUGGUGGUACCAAUGCACCCAGAACGAUUCAGGAAGUAAUAGCACAACUAGCCUCCCACCUUUCUUACUGGGAUGACAGGGUGUUUAGCAAAUACUUAUCUGGUGCAGAUUUAAUUGAGUUGAAGUUUAUGAAGAGGAGAAACCAUGAGGAUAUGAAUCUGCUCGGUGUAAUUCUUAACAGAGAAAUCUUGAUGUUGUCAAUACAGUUGACUGGGGUUAUACGGUCACUACGUGAUAGAGAAAAGAGCAUAUCUGAGCUUCUCUGUCACUUGAGGGGUAAUGCUGCAAGAGGCUUGUUGGAAGGAGUUAAAAAGAACACAAGGGAAACGAUUAAGGAACAAGAAGCAGUUUUUCGUCAACUCUCUCGUAUUGAAAAGGUCAUUCAGAGUUGUGUGCGUUCAUGGUCGAAGAAUAGGAGCCUUCGUGUCGCUCACAAUUUCAAGGUAUUUGGAGUUUGCUGUCUUGUUCUUUUGGUAAUCACGAAAUUAUUUGCGGUCAACGUUGAUGGAAUCCCCGGGGCUAAAGAUACUCCUUAUGCAUUUGCUCUCUUUUGUGGUCUCCUCGUCCUGUUGGGCGUCGUAUUAUUUACAGUUGGAUUAAGGAACGGAAGCUGGAGCUUGGACGACAAUGCGGAUAUCUGA